GGGCACCUCAGACAAAGAGACAGGUGCCAUUCACAAUGUUGAGCAGUAUCAGAGAUGAGAUACCUUAUACAAAUACUGUUAUAUUACACUGACUAUAAAAUCUCAAACACACCCAAAUUGCGAUGCUCAAUCCCUUGUUUCGAAACAUGAGAGGAUCCCAGUCCAAUCAUUGAAGAUCCAAUAUCCAUAAUUAGCUUGCUUUUUUUAUGUAUCUUUCAAAUGCCAUUCUUCCGUCACAUGCUACGAUAUCUAUUGGUUUUUCUUUCUCGCCGAUAAAACCCAAAUCUGUGGAUCUAACACUAAGGAUUAGUUAGCCAACGUACAUGCACAGGCGAGACCGAUGCCAAGGAAUAGGAUACGAUGGUGUUUGUUUGACAGGACGGAGGCUGGCCUCAGCCUCACUUUACGCGAAAUGGCGGUCCUCAUGGUCACUCCGUUCCGUUUUGUCAAACGUUGAGCUCCGUCGCGUGGCAUUGCAGUUCGCAGGGGUUGACUCACUAGUCCAUUGUCUGUCAACGUUUAUGACGUUUCUGUUGAUCUGUUGAGAUCUUGACGAGAUGGCGGUUUCAUAUCCCUUGAGAUGAUAUCACCAGGGUCUUUUUGUAUGUGUCACUGCGAUGAUCUUUCGUGUCCUGCAUCGUGAAUCAUAUCAUAAAUGUGGUUCAUAUCUCAAUUACGUGUAGCCUGUUCAUGAGAUCACCAACAUUCCUCCAGAAUACUAUCAUGGGAGUCGGAAUUUUCGGGCGGGCAUUUUUUCUCAAACGCAAACUCAAUCUCGAUGUCCUAUCAUGCAACUAAUUGAAGCAUAACGUUACUUGGCGGCGGCUUAGACGUGGAAGCAUCAUCAUGAUCAUAUGAUGCUAGUCAGUGAAAACCUCUCAUGAUUUGAAAUGGCUUUGGUUAGUCAAUGUCUAUUCUUGAUAACCGUAUCCUCAAUUCCUCUUAGCCUAGGGACCGGGCUCGCUCAUGGCUUCAAGGGCGUGGUUUGGCUGUGGAGAAUGUCUUCAGUCUAGACCUGGGCGAGUUGACGAGUUUCUCCAUUUGUAUUCCACUUGUUAUGGUUUAGACAGUGACUUUACCCCAAGCUGUGGCUUGAUGACAUCGUUGAGGUGCACUGCAAUGUCUAUGCGCUAGGUUGAGAGAUAAAGCAUUGCUUCUCUUGGUGUAAAUGCGGUGAAGUGACGAAAAGUCCUAUUCCCUCGCCAGGUGUGAUAUCGUGAAAAACCAGAGCCUCAGUUGGAAGUGGUGGUCAGAUUGACAGGUGUUGGCUGCAGCUUAUUACACUUCGCCAGGCACAAGUUUACCUUGCUACUGUCACCUCCAAUAAGCAACCGCCGGAGCUCUCAAGGCAGACAAUUAGAGUACACCAUUAAACCCAUUGAGUUCAUUGAGUUCAUUCCAAGACAUAUCGUAGACAUAUCGUCUCGUCAGCCCGGGCCGUGUAAGCCAAUAAGAUAAGCCAACCAAAUAUCAAUAACAUGACUUUUGGCCUGCAAUUGAGGGGUCGAGGGACAAUCAUUGGAACUUGCCGUGCCAAGAGGUUGCAAGAAAGCCUACUCAAGGUGUCAUUUUAAGCCAUGCCGAGAGAAUAUGAGACAUAGAGAAAACAACAACAGAGUAUAAAAUGAAACGCUUCGUCUGAGAGUUUCUUUGUAGACGCACCAUCUUUCCAAUCCCAUUCACAACGUCUAGUUCAUGAGUGUUACUCAAUCACUUCCCCAGACUCAGGACGAGCCUACGGAAUUAAGUUUCGUAGGCUCGGACAAUUCACUCAGCCUGUCUCCAAGAGACUUCGAGGCCUUGUCCACAGUGACAUACUCGCAGGAUGUGGAUCAGAGCCUCAUGGACUCAUGGCCGCUAGAGAUCAUUUCUCUUGGCCCUUGGAUGGAUCAAGAGGAUGUCCUCGACUUGGCGAUGGACUCCGCACCUUCAGCUGUGGACGACCUCUCUGACUUUGAUUUCGCGGCGCCGAUUAUCGGGAAGAAAUCGCAUCUCAGCGAUGUCGAAGCAACUCCGUUCGACCUUUCGUCCUCUCCUGUAUCUCUUCUUGAUCUUCAUGAAUCCACAUAUGAGGUGAUUCCAGGAUAUGUAUCGCUCUCCGGCUCUCCAGAACCCACAUCCACUCUAUAGAGUGCGGGUUCUGUAUACAGCCAGUCGAACGAUACAGUCCUUGAUGCAAUCUCUCCUGUGAUUUUAGGAAGUGGCGGAAAUCAGAUACAAUCUUUUGACCUCGUCUCUUCAGGCUUUAGUUCUCCUCCUGCUGAGAUCUCGACGGAGAACAGUUCAAGUUCAGAAACGAGCAGCAGGGAAAGGUUCGAAGAAGAUACCGUAACUCGUUUGAAAAGUGACGAGUUUGCAAGAAAUGGAAUAUUUUUCUGCAACUGGCCCGAAUGCGAUAAGUCCUUCGGCGAUAAUCGCAAGCGGAACAACCAUCUUCGAACUCAUACCAGACCUGUUCACUGUUCCUGGCCUGGCUGUAGCUACACAGAUGUUUGGCAGAAGGACAUGAAGCGUCACUACCAGACGCACCGCUCCCGGAAGACCUUCCAAUGUUUGUUAUGCAAUGAGUGGUUUACCAGGAAGUGCAACUUGAGUAGGCAUGAGCGGGAGGCACAUCGUGGAAAGAAAAGGGAGAGGAAGCAUCGUAGCUAGCCGGUCCUUUCAAUAGUGUGCUGCUAGAGUAAAUUUAAUUCUUUGUUAAUCCA